GUCAAGCCGACGACUUACUACGGAGAAGGACCCUUUGACCCUCCCAGUUCCGAUGACGAGGAGGAGGAGCUUGAGAAGCUGGGCCGUACACUACGGGUCUCGCAGCGCAGUACGGGCGACCUAGAAGAUGGGGGCGUUAUCGGGUCUUGCUUCACAAUUGACGGCGCGCAGCAUACUUCGUCGCUGCGAUGUCUUGUCAUUGCGCUUGUGUCGCUCCUAGCGGUCGCAGGUGUGAUUGGCAUCUUCGCGGCACGCUCGUAUACGGGUAUGCCAUACCGCAUUCGUGGAACCAGGCAUAUCACUAUGGAUCAUAUAUUCAACGGAACAUUCUAUCCGUCGAGCCAGAGCAUUCUGUGGGUACCGGAAGCGGGAGACGGCGUGUUCGCCACGGAGAAGGGUGGAUAUCUGACUCUUGUAGAUUUGAAGAGCAACUCGACGCGAAACCUGGUUGCGUUCACGGACCUCACAGAUGAGUUCGGGCGACCGUUGACCCAUUCUUCCUGGAAGCUAUCUGCCGACAUGAGGUUUAUGCUGAUCAAAGCGGACAGAAUCAAGCUAUGGCGGCAUUCUAGCUACGGGAAUUAUUAUGUCCAUGACCUCGAAUCUAAGCGUACCUGGCCUCUGGUUCCACCUGCGUAUCCCCCGGCGACGUCCUAUGCAGUGUGGUCACCCACAGGCCAGUCGAUAGCUUAUGUUCUCAAGAACGACUUAUAUGUGCUGCCGGCUGCAUCCCCUGACGUAUCACCUAUUCGCGUCACGAGCAACGGGAACGCAUCUAUGUUCAACGGCAUUCCAGAUUGGGUGUACGAGGAGGAAGUCUUCUCAGCAGACUACGCUAUUUGGUGGUCUCCAGACUCGAAGAACAUCGCGUACCUCAGUCUCGACGAGACUGCUGUCGAUGAGUAUACUUUUCCCAUCUAUAACCCGACGGAAGACUCGCAUACAGUCGUACCAUAUCCGUCGCAUGUCACGAUGAAGUACCCGAAGCCUGGCUACAAGAACCCGCUCGUAUCGGUACAUGUUUUCCAGCUUGAUGAAUACCUUCAGGACACCCGGUUUGGAGGGUAUCAGCCUGCCGCGCUGGCUUCAGCCUCCCUGCAACUUGAUUGGAACGGCAGACAGUCUGCAGACCAUAGUGUCGUCCAGGAGAUCGCAUGGGUGGGCAAUGAAACGCUCCUGGUGCGCGAAGUCAACCGGGCUGGCAACAAUGGCACCGUCAGCAUAUUCGACCUUGGCCAGAAUACCCCCUUGCGAAACCGUGGACACGUGGUGAGGAGGUUGGGCAAGGACGGCGAGCAAGGCGACGACGGUUGGAUCGAUCAGGCGCAACGUGUCUAUCCCAUACCCACGAGUUUGUCUCCGCACGGUCAUUCGUCGUAUCUGGACGUCAUUCCCACUCCUGAGGGCUACAACCAUAUCGCGUUAUUCAGUCCGGCGGACUCCAGCACCCCGCGAUUCUUGACAUCAGGUGAAUGGGAAGUCACCGGUGGUAUCCUGGCCGUUGACACCAAAAGUAGCCUUGUCUAUUUCCAGGCAGCCAACCCUGACUCAUUGCAGCGGCACAUCUACUCGGUGCCCCUCCCUGCGAUCAGUUCCUCUGACACCGUCAAGCCUACGGCCCUUACUGACGUCAGCAGUCCGGCCGUGUACGAUGCGAGCUUUUCGCCAGAGGGCGGUUUCUACCUCCUCACAUAUAAAGGACCGUCUCCGCCUUGGCAGAAGGUCAUCAAAACUGGUAAACAAGGUUACAGGGGGCUCCAAUAUGUCUUGACCGAGAAUCCUCAGCUCAACAAGACACUUGAAGAGUAUGAAACGCCCGUCGUAAACUAUGGGACGAUUACAAGUGAGGGAUACGAACUCAACUUCAAAGAGAUACGACCACCAAGGAUGGAUGACUCGGGGAGAACGAAAUACGCUGUCAUGUUCCGACUAUACAAUGGCCCUGGCUCGCAAAUGGUCAACCACGAAUACGGUCACGACUGGCAUGAUUUCUUGGCGUGUUCCAUGGACUAUAUCACAGUCGUAGUCGAUGGGCGCGGAACUGGUUUCAAAGGCCGAAAGCUUCGAAAUCCGGUCAAGGAUAACCUGGGGCACUUCGAGACCAUAGAUCAGAUCAAUGCUGCAAAGAUCUGGGCCGGAAAGAACUACGUGGACUCUAAACGGAUUGGCAUCUGGGGCUGGUCGUACGGUGGUUUCAUGUCUUCCAAGGUGAUCGAAGCUGAUGCUGGCGUACAUACCUUGGCCAUGGCCGUCGCGCCCGUCACCAGCUGGCGGCUGUAUGACUCGAUCUAUACGGAACGAUACAUGAACUUGCCGAACGUGAACCCGCAAGGUUACAUCACGGCGUCCAUCUCAAACGUCACCGGAUUCCGGAAUGUAGACUUCUUGCUCGCACACGGCACCGGAGAUGACAAUGUGCACUUUGCCAACACGGCACAUCUGCUGGACAUGUUCACACAGGAGCAUGUGCGGAACUUCGAGUUUAGGAUGUUCACUGAUAGUGAUCACGGUAUCUAUAAGCGCGACGCUAACCGAGAGCUCUACGAGUUCAUGACGAGAUUCUUGUUUGAGAGAUGGGGCAAAGGAGGAAAACGGAGAUCGUGGUAAAUGCUGAACUAUCUUCACUAAUGCUAGACUUUAUUAUGUAUACAUUAUUGGCGUCGGCCGCACGAGUCUCGCUCACUUAUUCUGUUUCUUCGUCAGAAUCCCGCCUUGUGUGCC